AUGAGCUCCUUCCUCGAGUACCCCGUCCUCGGCGGCGAGGCGGGGGCCUGUGCCGCCCGCUCCUACCACCCUGAGCACGGAAUUACAACUUUCCAACCCUGCGCCGUCAGCGCCGGCAGCUGCAGCGGGGAGGACCGCUUCCUCGUGGGCCGCGGGGUGCCCCUCAGUCCCCACCGGCACCACCAUCCCCCGGCCCAGCCUGCCGCCUACCAGCACCACGGCGGCCUGGGGGUGUCCUACGCGCAUCCCGGCUGCCCCCCGACGUACGGCGCGCAGGGCUUCGGCGCCGCCUAUGGCCCCUACGCUCUGGGGCAGGACGCCGAGCUGGGCGGCGGCUUCCCCCCCUGCGCGCCCGCCGUCUACUCGGGCAGCCUCUCCUCCGCCGCAGCGCAGCACCCGCACCAGGGCUACGCGGGGGGGCCCGCGCAGUACGUGCCCUCCCCGUACGGGCAGGAGCAGCAGAGCCUGCCCCUGGGCACCUACAACCAUGCUCUCUCUCCCCUCCACGCCGGCCACCAGGACAACUCCCGCUCCCCCUCCGCCGACACCUCGCCGCCGGCGCAGACCUUCGACUGGAUGAAAGUUAAAAGGAACCCCCCUAAAACAGGCAAGGCCGGCGAGUACGGCUUCGUGGGGCAGCCCAACACCGUCCGUACCAACUUCACUACCAAGCAGCUUACCGAAUUGGAGAAAGAGUUCCACUUCAACAAGUACCUGACCCGGGCCAGGCGGGUGGAAAUCGCAGCCUCCCUCCAGCUCAACGAGACGCAGGUGAAGAUAUGGUUCCAGAACCGGCGGAUGAAGCAGAAGAAGAGGGAGAAAGAGGGGCUGCUGCCCAUCUCCCCCACCACCCCCACGGGCUGUGAGGAGAAGGCGGAGGACCCGUCGGAGAAGUGCUGCCCGUCGCCCUGCAGCGCCUCGCCCGCAUCCUGCACCUCAGACCCGGGUCCCGCCACCAACUGA